CAAACUGAGAAGCUAGGAUUGCGCGUUUCAGUUGGUAUCAGUGUCGGUACAGAGGAGACUUAGCUGAACUACGAAUCAAUAUGGCCGUGCCUAUCUCAACCGUCGCGGAGACGAAGGAGCUCCGUGGUCUGAAUCUCAUUGCUGCUCAUUCGCAUAUCAGGGGACUUGGCGUCGAUGCGGACUCGCUUCAACCUAGAACAUCUUCUCAGGGUCUUGUAGGUCAGGAAAAGGCAAGGAAGGCGGCCGCGGUUAUAUUACAAAUGGUCAAGGAGGGCAAAAUUGCUGGUCGCGCAGUUCUCAUCGCAGGCCCUCCCAGCACAGGAAAGACAGCCAUUGCCAUGGGCAUGGCCCAGUCUCUUGGACCCGACGUCCCUUUCACAAUGCUCGCAGCCUCUGAGAUCUUCUCUAUGGAGAUGUCAAAGACCGAAGCACUUACACAAGCCUUCCGGAAAUCUAUUGGCGUCCGAAUCAAGGAGGAAAGUGAGAUCAUCGAGGGUGAAGUUGUGGAAAUCCAAAUCGAUCGCAGUGUUACUGGGGGAAACAAACAAGGGAAACUCACGAUCAAGACCACCGAUAUGGAGACGAUCUACGACAUGGGAACCAAAAUGAUUGACUCAAUGACAAAGGAGCGUGUGAUGGCCGGAGAUGUUAUCUCAAUUGACAAGUCAUCGGGAAAGAUCACGAAGCUUGGACGUUCCUAUGCUCGUUCUCGAGAUUAUGAUGCGAUGGGCGCCGAUACCAAGUUCGUCCAAUGCCCUGAAGGAGAACUUCAGGUCCGCAAGGAAAUCGUACAUACCGUCAGUCUCCAUGAGAUCGAUGUCAUCAACUCACGGACGCAAGGGUUUUUGGCCCUCUUCUCUGGUGACACCGGGGAAAUUAGAAGCGAGGUCAGAGAUCAGAUCAAUACCAAGGUGGCUGAAUGGAAGGAAGAGGGCAAGGCGGAAAUCAUUCCUGGAGUUUUGUUCAUUGACGAAGUGCACAUGCUCGAUAUUGAAUGCUUUUCCUACAUCAACCGCGCCCUGGAGGCGGAGCUUGCGCCCAUUGUUAUCAUGGCCAGCAACCGUGGUCAAGCGCGGAUCCGCGGAACCACAUACACCUCUCCCCAUGGACUACCCCUUGACUUCCUCGACCGUGUUGUCAUUGUCAGCACGCAGCCAUACUCUGCCGAUGAAAUCCGGCAAAUUCUUGCAAUCCGAGCACAGGAAGAAGAGAUCGACCUCUCGGCGGACGCUUUGGCUCUCUUGACUAAGAUUGGCGAGGAAUCGAAUCUCCGAUAUGCUAGCAAUAUCAUCACCACCUCUCAUCUCCUAAGUCAGAAGCGAAAGGCCAAAGAAGUUAGCAUUGACGAUGUACAGCGCAGCUACCGCUUGUUCUACGAUCCUGCCAGGAGUGUCAAGUUCGUCAAUGCAUAUGAACAGCGGUUCAUAGGGGAUCAAGGUGCUGUGAACUUUUCAGCUCCUGCAAAUGGAGAUGCCAUGGAAAUCUCAUAAGGAGCGUUGGUCAUAUUGCUCCGUGAAGAAGAUUGCACCAAAAAUCAGGUAAUACGACAUGGCACUGUGGUGCUGCUUCCGAGAGCGCUGCUCUGGCUCUCUAUCCUCUGCUUUCGUUUGAUCCUUUUUGUUUUACAUAUCUUAUGAUGUAGGAUAAGGCUGGCGCUUCUUCGAGCUCAUGUGCAUGGUUUGUUUGGUUUUGGGCUUCGAACUGGGAAUAAAAGAAUAUUUACUUCAAUGAUAAUCAUGAUGUUGAUAU